UGCAAGCACAAGGAACACCUGCCGUACACGCCCCUUUCCCUUGUUAGUGGCGUACUCAAAGCAGAUAGUAUCCUCGACCACAAUCGAGGUAGCUGCUUGCUCCUAGAGCUGUUAUUUGGUGCCCUAGGUGUCAGUGCUGAAAAAGCCCAGUGACGUUACGAAACAACAAUGGCCUUGCCAGUGCAAACCUGCUCCCGCCGUGGAGGCCAGGCCUACCGCUACCUGACUGCCUUCCUUAACCAGCAGCGUUCUUACGCUUCAGCUGCGGCCGAGAAGGAUGUCGUGGUGAUCGGUGGCGGGCCGGGUGGCUAUGUGGCAGCCAUCAAGGCUGGUCAGCUUGGGCUUAGCGUUGCUUGCGUGGAGGGCCGCGGCACUCUGGGUGGCACUUGCCUGAACGUGGGCUGCAUCCCUUCCAAGGCCCUGCUCAACAGCAGCCACAUGUAUGCGGACGCCAAGCACCACUUCAAGAACUACGGCAUUAAUGUCGGGGAGGUGUCGUACGACUUCUCCGCCAUUCAGAAGCAGAAGGACACCGCGGUGGCGGGGCUGACCAAGGGCAUUGAGGGGCUGUUCAAGAAGAACAAGGUUGACUACCUUAAGGGCUGGGGCAAGCUGGUGAGCGGUAACGAGGUGGAGGUGGCGGGGCUGGACGGCGCCACCACCCGCCUGCGCGCCAAGAACAUCCUGAUCGCCACGGGCUCCGAGGUGACGCCGCUGCCGGGGGUGCCCAUUGACGAGGAGAAGAUCGUCUCCUCCACGGGCGCUCUGGCCCUCAAGUCGGUGCCCCGGGAGAUGGUGGUGAUCGGUGCCGGCUACAUCGGGCUGGAGAUGGGCAGUGUGUACCAGCGGCUGGGCGCGCAGGUGACGGUGGUGGAGUUCCUGGACAACAUCGUGCCGACCAUGGAUGCCGAGGUGCGCCGGGCCUUCCACCGCUCGCUGGAGAAGCAGGGGCUCAAGUUCAAGAUGGCGACCAAGGUUACCAAGGGCGAGGUGGUGGACGGGCGCGUGAAGCUCACCCUGGAACCCGCCAAGGGCGGAGCGGCGGAGAGCAUGGAGUGCGAUGUGUGCCUGGUGUCCAUUGGUCGCCGCCCCUUCACCAAGGGUCUGGGUCUGGAGAACGUGGGCGUCAAGACGGACUCGCGGGGUCGUGUGGAGAUUGACUCGCACUUCCGCACCUCCGUCCCCAGCGUGUACGCCAUCGGUGAUGUGGUUCCGGGGCCCAUGCUGGCGCACAAGGCGGAGGAGGACGGAGUGGCGGCGGUGGAGAUCAUGGCGGGCAAGCACGGCCACGUGAACUACGCCACCGUGCCCUCCAUCUGCUACACGCACCCCGAGGUUGCCUCCGUGGGCAUGACGGAGGACGAGGCCAAGGGCAAGGGGCACGAGGUGAAGGUCGGCAAGUUCCCGCUUAUGGCAAACAGCCGCGCUCGCGCCGUGGGGGACACGGACGGCAUGGUCAAGGUGGUUGCCGACAAGAAGACCGACAAGCUGCUGGGGGUGCACAUCAUGGGGCCCAACGCGGGUGAGAUGAUCCACGAGGCGGCGCUGGCGCUGGAGUACGGCGCCAGUGCGGAGGACAUUGCGCGCACCUGCCACGGCCACCCCACGCUGAGCGAGGCGGUGAAGGAGGCGGCGCUGGCGGCCUCGUUCGGCAAGGCGAUCCACAUGUAAGGAUGAGGAGGAGGCGGAGGGGGGCAUCCACAUGUAAGGAUGAGGAGGAGGAGAAGAGGCGGUGCAUGCAAGGAAGGGUGGUGGUGGUGGUGGCGCCAUGUAAAGGAGGGUACUGAUACUGGUGGUGGAAGUGGUGUGUGGGGUGUUGGUGGUGGCAAAGAGGACUCAUAGCCGCCUAUGUAAUGGGGUGGGGGUGGCGUUGGAGUGGGUUUUCCGCAUGGAACGGUUUGUAACAUGUAAAGCGAACAAAGCGGAAGGGUGCGAGGCAGGGGAGGUAGGAAGGCGCGUCAUGGCGAUGCGGCAUCGGAAGAUGUGGCUAGUGGUUGAAGUGGUCGGAUACACAAUGGGUGUGAUGGAGCCCUGGGGCUGUGGACGGAGAGGAGUAAGACCACUAGGGACCAGCGGAGGCCUUCUUUGGUGGGCUCCUUUCUCUCAUUCACAUCGUCACGUGACACAUUGUAUCGUGAUGAUGACAAAUGGUGCCCGCAUGCAAGGGGAUUUGCUGCUGGGAAGGCGUCGACAGAGUUCCCACUUCUCGUUCCCAGUGGGGUUACUUGUUAGUGGUGGCGGGAAGAUAUAAACAGUUUGUUGGUGGUAGCGUUUAACCAACGCUAUUUGUGGUAUACCUUCUUUGUGGAUUAUUGGGGCUCGCAAAGGCGCACGGACGCUGCAGUUUUCCUCUGUUCUUUCGUCGGCUUAUGUUGGUUUAUUAUUGUUACGUGUAAGAUGUGAACGUUUGUGACCAAAAGCGUGUAUGUUUGAUGGUCAUGUAACGUGGUGCUUGGAGCUGCUGAUCCUAAACAGGCAAGGAUCGGUCUGAAAGCCCCAAUGUAAGGGAUUGCCUGCAGCAAUGAAAGCCCCGCUGUGGCAGUGUGUAACUCCCAAAUUGCCGAGGCUGACGGCUGCUGCUGCUGCUGGGGUGUAGGAGCCUGCGGACCCGUGGAACAACC